AUGGCAUAUACUUACUUCCAUGGCCCAGCUGAUCGUUCGAAUGCAUUGCUUGUCUUCCAUGAUUCAGAUGCAUCUCCGGUGUAUGAGCACCCUAACCAAGGCCUGCUUUGCAGUAUCAUUCGACAGAAUGACAUGGCGGCUUUAAACUCGUACAAUGCGUGUACGCACACCAGUGUCUUCUGGAAAGCAUAUGAGUUUAAUGACAGCUGUCCAUUCCACAUUGCAAUCCAGAAUGAUAGUUUUGAUGUCCUGCGCGAGCUCUGUCGGAUCUAUCUUUCGGAUGCAGCGCUCACAGAGCCCCUGGAGGACUACCUUGCACGCUUCCACGUCUCUCCCGUGAUAGCGGCUUGCGCGACGGCGAACCGAGGCAUGGUCUCGUGGCUGAUGAGCCAUGAUCAACCGCUGGGGAAGCUGCACGAUCACGACUUCGAGGGUCAAACAGCCCUCUCACGGGCUGCUGAGGCGCUGAGAGAAGCGGGUAAUGUGGCGUGGGAGGCAAAGCCCAAAGAUCGCCCAACUGCGCAGCAGCGGUGCGACCGCAUUGAGUCAUUUAUUCGCUGGCUUUUAGAGUGUCCCCAAGCAGGCGAGCAGGAUGACUCGGACUGUGUUCCGAUGCCGAGAGGGACGGUUCUUGGCGAUGCGGUCAGCUAUGCAGGUUACGACUUGGUUUCCCGACUAAUUGCACAUGGUCAAACAGCCGUCGGAAAUAUUGUACUAGGUGCUUCAGUGUGGUCUACUGCUGUUUCAGAGUCUCCAGCGUCUGGAGUCUGUGCAGGCUCUGUAUUUUCAGCCGGAGUCUCUGCUGGGUUUUCGGCUGGGGUCUCUGCUGGAUUCUCGGUGGCUCUUUGUUUGGCAGUCAUCUGCGCCUUGGUCACGCCGAUCUGCUGCUGCGAGGUGAUGAUGCGGGCUUCGAUUUCUUGCAGAAUCUGGUAG